AUGCCAGAAGGGGGGUUUUGGGACAAAACCUCCAUGGCGGCAUUCGUGUGCCUAGCCGCUCUGGAAGGUCAAAAAGAUAUCAGUUUUUUGAAAGCCUCAUUUUGGUUCGAUUUUGUAUUUACAUAUCAGAAAACACCUGUAGAGGCUAUAGAUUUCUUAAUUAUUUAA